GUCGCUGUCGGCUCCGCUCUAAGCGAAGCGAAGGGUCGUCGACUCGGGGUCUGUGUUUACUUUCCGCCGUCUCUUUUUGUUCGCUCCGAGACUCAAAAAUGUGCAGAUAAAUUACAUAAAUGUGCGCCGUGUAGCGGCCGCGGGUGUCGGUGCGUGCGCGGUGCAACUCUGCGGCCGGAAGACCGUGACUCUACGAGCGGCUAACGGCGGAAGAGAUGGCCGGUCUCGUUGAAGAAGCCGAGCGGUCAAAGCGGGAGAUCCGCCGCCAGAGGAGGCUCCGCGAUCCCGCUACGAAGCCCGACGUCAGGCCGCGCAAAGCAGACUGUACAGGACAUGUCUCCAGUUAUCGAUCUCCUGCAGACGACCACCUGCUGAUCUCCUGUGAGGACCAGGAGGAGCCAGAGCGCCCCCACAUUAAAGAGGAGGAGCAGGAGCUGUGCAUCAAACAGGAGGAGACUGAGAUCAUCACUGUGUCUGAUGACCAGAUUGAAGGCGAGCGUCCCCGUGAGCAGCAGGAGAGGAUCUCCACUGUGGACCAGGAGCUUCUCCACAUUAAAGAGGAAGAGGAGGAGCUGAGCAUCAAACGGGAGGAGAGCGAUGUCAUUGCGGUGAUUGUCAAGAGUGAAGACGUGGAAGAGACACCCGAGUCCUCACAGCUUCACCGGAGUCACACUGAGGACGGUGGAGGACAAGAACCAAGUCCAGAUGGACAUCUAUCACCGGGUACUGAGGUCGAAAUCGAAGAAUCUUCGGACACCGACGACAGCGACGGCGAAUGGAAGGAGACGGACGAAACCGAGAGUUUGAAUAAAAAGGUGUCCAGUGACAUGGGAGCAAACACCAGUGAUGAACUUAGCGACUCUGAAUGUGGUCAAAGGUUUGACAGCACGGAUCUUCUGCAGAGACACGUGGCCAACAACUACAGGAAGAUACCGUUCGGUUGCUCUGAAUGCGGCAAACGGUUCAGCACCAAGUGGAAUCUGAGGUCGCACGAGAAGACUCACAAAUGCGAGAAACCAUUCAGGUGCUCCGUGUGUGGCAAACAGUUUAGCACAAAGUGGAACCUGAGGUCGCAUGAACGAAUUCACACGGGAGAGAAACCCUUUUGUUGCUCCGAGUGCGGUAAACGAUUCGUCCAGAGGACUAAUCUGAGAAAGCACGAAAAGACUCACCGAGGAGAGAAGCGCUUCAGUUGCGCCGAGUGCGGGAAACGCUUCAUCCACAAGAGCAGUCUGAACAAACACGAGAAGUUCCACACGGCGGAGAAACCGUUCAGUUGCCCCGAGUGUGGGAAAAUAUUUACCCGGAAGAGCAGUCUGAAGAGUCACGAGAAAAUCCACACGGGGGAGAAGCCGUUCAGCUGCUCCCAGUGUGGCAAGAAGUUUGUGAAGAGGACUAAUCUGAGGAGACACGAGACCAUUCACUCGGAAGAGAAACCGUUCUGUUGCUCUCACUGUGGGAAAAGAUACGCCUUAGAGAGCAGAUUGAGGACUCAUCAAAAAUUACACAGUUAAUUCACUGCCUGCUCGACCACGUGUGGUUUAGCCGACUUCAAGAGCUCCAAAAGUCUGAGAACCACUGGUCUAGAUCGAGGAUCCAGAUCCUGCAUUGAGACACAGUUUGUGUCUGCAAGUGGCUUCUUUUUCUUCAUUCAUUUUGGUUGAAAAUACAUUUUUUUGACAUGUAAUCGUGUUAAAGGCCUGACUGAACAGAAUUAUAUUACUUGGUACAAACAAAAACACUUAAAUUAAGUAUCUAAUAACUUUUUUUAAAUGCUCAACCAAAUGGUUGAUUUGUCACUUUAUGGUAAGUAGGGAUGACCCCAUAUACUCAGUGUCGGGCCGAUACUCGUCAAAAUCACUGGAUCGGAUAUCGGGACAGAUAAAAAUGUCAAAUCCAAAGCUUCCCCUAUGCACAGACUCUACAAAUGUCAAUUAAAAAUCAGCAACAGCA